AUGAACAUCGUGUGCGAUGAGGAGACGUGCCAACGGAUUCGCCGCCAAAUGCGACUGCUCAGCGAGCCGACGAAGCCCGAAGGCGAGCAAGACGCCGGUGUGCUGAUUCUGUUGCACGACGACGGCGACGACGUGAAAGUGUUCCUGUGCGUUCGCAGCCGUCACCUAAGGCGUCAUCCCGGCGAAGUUUGUUUUCCCGGCGGCAUGAUGGACGAUAAUGAUGCGUCGAAUGUGCGAACGACGGCGAUUCGCGAGGCGUUCGAGGAGGUCGGAAUCGAAGACGACGAUUUUCGCGUCAUCGGCAAUCUGCCGGCGUUUCGCGCGCGAUUCGGUGUGCUCAUUCAUCCAACCGUCGCGAUUCUCAAACGCCCUCUUAAAAUUAUCAUGAAUGUCAACGAGGUGGCCAGCGUUUUUUGGAUAUCGAUUUCGCGAUUUCUCGAAGAAAGGGACCAUUCAACAUUGGCCAUCGAUCAAAUCUAUUACGUCCAUAUAUUUCAAUUUCACGACUAUCCAACAACAUAUGGGGUGACCGCGUUGAUGUGCAUUGUCGUCGCGAUCGGCGCUCUCAACAAGAAGCCCCAAUUCGAUCUGCUCGGCUCGUUGCGAAUGCGAGAAAUCGAGGGAAUGCGAUGCGCGGAAAUUGUUGAACGCGUUUUCGAGCACGCCGGAAACAAAUUCGAAUCGUCGAAAUUCGUGACUGAAAUGGAAGACUUCUCGUGCUAUGGAAUCCCCGACAAUUAUUCGAUCAAUUGGUGGGAGAUUCAGCCGACGUUCUACGCGAAUCCCAACGAUGAGAAUCGAGCGAAGCGAAGCGCGCCGACGAAGAAAUGCACAACGUCCGCCUACGCGCUGUUCUUUCGCGAGAAGCAGGCCGAAGAGAAGCGCGCGGCGCCGUCGACAACGUUCGGCCAACUCUCGCAACGAAUCGCACGCCAAUGGGAGGCGUUGUCAAGCGACGAGAAGCGCGCCUACAAAAUUCGCUGCGAAACCCAUCGACGGCUCAACAUCAGUCGGGCAAUCGAGCAGAAAGCGAAAAUGUUGUUAACGUUGAAAGAGAAAAACGCGAAUCGCGUGGAAAAUGCGACCAAUAAAUAA